CAGUAAUUUAACAGUUUUCUGGCUCUCCAUUUCAAUAAUCCCAGCUACCAUGUUCUUCCACCGAUCAAAUUUUCCCCUUUCAAUGCACGCAAUCUCCCAAAUUCUUAAACUCUAAUACAGGCGUUGACUUCCAGGUAGGAACAUCCGCAUGAUUCAUCGUUCCUUUGAGGUUAGAUCAUAGGCAUCAAUGUCUAUCAUAUGUGGCGUACCGAUCCUUGAGUGUGUAUGCUGUCUGGGAUGUUCUCGUUGGGUCUGGAAACGUUGUCUGCACACAGCCGGUCAUGACAGUGAAAAUUGGGGCUUAGCCACUUCCGAUGAGUUUGAGCCUAUUCCCCGGGUUUGUAGAUAUAUCCUAGCUGUGUAUGAAGAUGAUAUUCGAAAGCCCCUUUGGGAACCGGUGGGUGGUUAUGGAAUCAAUCCAGAUUUGUUACUUGUGAAGAAGACAUACAAAGAUACACGAGGGCGGGCUCCUCCAUAUAUUUUAUAUCUUGAUCAUGAUCAUGGCGAUAUUGUUCUUGCUUUCAGGGGACUUAAUAUGGCAAAGGAGAGUGAUUAUGCUGUUUUAUUAGACAAUAAGCUGGGAAAGAAGAAAUUUGAUGGUGGAUAUGUUCACAAUGGGCUUCUGAAGGCAGCUGGGUGGGUUUUGGACACUGAGAAUGAAACUUUGAAGGAUUUGGUGAAGAAGUAUCCAGACUAUACUUUGACGUUUGCUGGGCAUUCUCUUGGCUCCGGAGUAGCAGCCAUGUUAACUUUGGUAGUUGCACAGAAUCUCGAAAAAUUGGAAAAUAUUGAUCGGAAGCGGAUAAGGUGCUAUGCUAUUGCUCCUGCUAGAUGCAUGUCCCUGAAUCUGGCUGUUAGAUAUGCAGAUAUCAUCCACUCUGUUGUUCUUCAGGAUGACUUCUUACCUAGGACAGCCACCCCCUUGGAAGACAUUUUUAAGUCACUACUCUGUUUGCCAUGCCUUCUAUGCCUGAGGUGCCUGCGGGAUACGUGUGUAUCAGAGGACCGGAUGCUUAAAGAUCCGAGGAGGCUUUAUGCACCUGGUCGACUCUAUCACAUCGUCGAGCGAAAGCCCUUAAGAUGCGGAAGGUUUCCACCUGUGGUGAAGACGGCUGUUCCAGUAGAUGGGCGGUUUGAACACAUAGUUCUUUCUUGUAAUGCAACUUCUGACCAUGCCAUCAUUUGGAUAGAGAAAGAAGCCAAACAAGCCCUGGAAUUAAUGCAUAAGGAUGAUAAAGCCCUGCAGAUACCACCCCAACAAAAGAUGGAGAGGCAAGAGACUUUAGCUAGAGAGCAUAGCGAAGAGUAUAAGGCUGCAUUGCAACGUGCCGUGACGUUAGCAGUGCCACAUGCCUACGCGCUUGCCCCAUAUGGGACCUUCGGCCAGACAGAUGAUGGGGAAGAAGAAGAAGAGUCACCAGGAUCAAGUGGUGGAGGGUCAUCGAGGAGGAAGAAAGAAACUUGGAAUGAACUGAUUGAACGUCUUUACGACAAGGAUGAUUCAAGAAGCGCAGUGCUGAAGAAAUCAGUGAGUAGUAUUUGAUGUUGCAUUGUGGCCAUUCAUAUAAAUAUUUGUUGCAAUACUUUUUGUAUAAUAAUGUAUACUUGUUAUUUGUU